GCAGCAGCACACGCGCCGCGUGCGAGACAGGCAUUCGUCCGACCGAGCGUCGACUCGUGCUACUUGCUCGCGCAGCCCCCUGCUGCCACGACGCGCAGCGCAAGGUGCCCAACGGUCAUGACGUUCGGCAGACUCUGCAGGCACGCGCCGUCGAGCCGGCGGCCGGGCUCGAGCCGCCGAUGACCGCUAGGAAUUAGAAGGCCUCUGCCGCUGUCCCUAGGGAACAGCCGGGAUGCAGCAAUGAGAGGAGUGCGCGCCAACGGCCCAGAGCAGCUGCCAGUUUGCGAUACGCCGCCGACGAGUCGCUGCCGACUGUGCUCGGUGUUGGUGUGGUUGGGGCUGCUACUGUUGGCUGGGAGCACCUUAUCAGAGGAAUGCGGCGGCCACCUGACCGCACGGCGCGGUGUCAUCUCGACGCCCAACUUCCCAGGAGCGUUCACCGUGCCAAUCCGUUGCCGUUGGGUCUUGGACGCGUCGGAAUUCGCCGAGCAUCAGGCCAACAGCUCGAUCGUUGUCUAUCUGAGUCAGGUGUAUGCUUUUCGAGGUCUGCGUUUCAGCGAGUACGCCUACUACGAGGGCGAGUCGGCGAGCUUUGGCGAGGCCCUCGUCAGCGAGAUCGACGAGAGCAACGUGUUCGAGAAUCGUCUGCUUCGUACCUACCGUCCGUACCUCGUGCUGGAAUUCGAGCUCGACAGACUCGAAGGUAACCACGUGCGAGUCCUCGACAAAUUGCUCGACGUUUACGGCUUCAACAUCACUUACCAGAUCGGCAUCGAGUCUGCCAAAGACUCCGAGUCUUGCUCCCUCAAGAACUGCUCCUUUGCUGGCAACUGUCUGCUCGCUGCCGACUACGCGACCUUUUACUGCGAUUGCUUUGAAGGAUUCGGCGGUGAGCAUUGCGGCCAUGGACCACUUUGCGUAACCGAACGUGGAAAUCCAAUCUGUCAGAAUGGUGGUACAUGCAGGCACGUCGGAGCUGCGGCGGUACGCUGCCAUUGCCCGGCCAACUUUACCGGCGACUUGUGCCAGAUUUCCGAGUCCAGCAGUCAGCAGUCCGGUUGCCGAGAUGGCCAGUGCAUUUUUCAGUGUCCAUUCCCCGGAGACAAGCAGCAGCAGAGGCCGUGCCAAUGCAAAGUGCCGAGCCGCGUUCAAACCGAUCGCACGAGGUUCGAGUGUCGGAUCAAGCUGACGAACGUGACGUACCCGAGAGGCGUCGACUUCAUCGACCAGGAUGUCAGUUUGGAAGCUCACCUCGGCAAGCAGUUAUCCAAGUAUAUAUGGGAUUCUAAGAUCACGACGAUGGAGGAUAUGAAAAUUUUGAGUAUAACCGCUGCCCUCGAGGUGAACUUCCACUUUUUCGGUGAUUCAAGAGAUGGCGACAAAAUCCGUAGCGCCCUCGAUCGACUGGUACAACGACGACGACUUGGCGAAUUUUUUCUUGAACCGUCGCAUUUUACCUUUCAGCAAAAGCCAGCUCUUCGACUGCAGACUCUAAGAAUCAAUCAUAUGAAUGAACGACAAAUUCAGCUAGGCGAUCAAUUCAUUUUGACUUGCGUGGCGAUUGGCAGCUCAGAUCUUAAAUUUGCAUGGUUUAAAGAUGAUAUGCUGGUGAACAUGAGCAAAGCGACAAGAAAAAUUUGGUACAGACACCUGCCGAACGACGGCUCCGACUAUCACACCUCGAUAUUAACGGUGGAUAAGGCCACGCUGUUUGACGAGGGCGUGUUCACCUGUCAGGUCGUCGAUUGGGGCGUGCAGCAGUGUAAGGAUGUACACAUCAACAUCAGGGACGACCCCAACGUCAAAGUCAUGCCAAUGAGCAGUACUAUUGAGAAAGGAAGCACUUUGCGAUUGAUGUGCACCACACCGAAUAUGCGAGACGUAGGCAUCGGUUUCGGCUGGUCAAAGAAUCGUGCGCUGCUGCGCCUCGCGCCCGGUCAAGAAGUUUGGGAAGAUCUUUAUCCAGCGGGCAGCCUAUUGACGAUCAGCAACGCCCAAAAGUCGGCCGUGUAUACGUGCAACGUAGCUCAACGUUCGGCUUCGGCCCACGUGGAUGUAGUGAAUCGCACACUUAUACCAUUGUGCUUGAGUCGGCGGGACGAUUGGGGCUUGGAAUGGCCUGAAACAGCACCAGGUUCCAGAUGUUUAUUGCCUUGUCCUCAGGGUUCGAUUGGCCGGCAUGCUUCUCGACAGUGUACUAUGAGGGAUGCGCAAACUUCCGAAUGGGAGAUUGCUGAUUUUUCCAACUGCAUUUAUGAGCCGCUUGUUCAUCCGUACAACGAGUUCAAGAGUUUAACAAUGGGAUACGAGAUUACAAACGCCUCAUCGACGAUACAGACAUUUUGGGAUUUGCUGCAAUAUCGUCGAACGCGCCUGUAUCCGGGCGAGGGCGAUCGUAUACUCAGUUUGCUGCAGGAAGUCGAGCACUACCAAUACAAUGUCGACGAGCUGGACCAACUGAAAAACUCGGCCGAGGCUGUGAUGAGGAUCAUUGAUAAAAUUCUCGCUUAUGACUAUUCCAUUCUUAGUCAGCAGAAACUGGUAUUGUUGAGUCAACUACUUAUUCGGAAUCUUGGUUAUUGGAGUCAAGAUGAAGGAGAAAGUAACAAACACUUAUCACUUUCUGAAGUCGUUGUUGAUGUUUUUCCAAUGAAAGUAUAUUCUAGUUCCACUAUCAUGUACAGUUUAAAAAUACCGCAAGACAAUCAAAAUAAAUAUCCCGACUGGUAUAACGAAAGGGUGACGAUUCGAUUGUAUCACAGUAGAUUACAUAGAUUGCACAAUAUCAACAAUACAAUAUUUGGAAUCGUCGUUGUUUAUCGAAAUUUAGCUAAAUUUUUUCCAGAUACAUAUGUAAUGGAAUUGAACGAUGGUACAGAUAUGGAGUACCGGAUAAGUUCACGCGUGGUAAGCGUCACAACAUCGUAUCGUGGUAUCGAGCGAGACGAUCGUUUCUCCAUUGAAUUGGAGUUCGCCGAUGCGCGAAACCAUUCGCGAGCCUGGAACGCAUCGUGCGGUGUUUUGGACUUCGAAGGUGACUGGAAUCUGGACAGUUGCAGCCUACAAGAGCCUGGACUACUCGCCGACAGUGCGACCCUGCAUUGUCACUGCAAUAAUCCUGGCACGUUCGCUGCCUUCCUCACAACUCGCGCGGAAAAGAUUGUUUUCGCGACAAAAGAUCAAACAAAUUUCGUGGUGAUACUAGGUUGCGGCAGCUGUCUAUUGCAAAGCUUGGUUUCGAUGCUAAUAUUAACCGCAUUUUGGUGGAGGAACCGGACGUGGCUAAAUUUCUUAAAAAUACAGUGCAGUGUUGCCGUCAUCGCUGCCAUGUCGACAUUCAUUUACGCAAUACACUCUGAAAUACCAGAGGACAACCUGACAAUGGUAGCGAUGUGCUUGGAAGCUUUUCUGCUUAUCGGCACAUCUUCACCCAUUUCGCAAGCGCUCAUUAUCUACGCCGAGCUGUCAAACGUCUAUCCAAGUCAGCAGCUCCAACCGACUGUAGUAGCCGUUAUAACAGGAGUUCCAAUUUUGGCGAUACUCGCGACGGAGUUAACGAGGAAGACCGUCGGUUGGAAACACGAGUCCUGGUGGCUGCUCUAUGACACCGGGGUAUACAACAUUUUCGUCACAUGUUCGAUAACAAUGCUCGUCACAUUUUUGCUACUGUACAUAGCCGUUAUUCACAAGACUAGGCCUUUACUGUAUAAAUUCACUAAGAAGGACGUCAUUCAGCAAAGGUUCACCAGUGCAGAACAUUUAUCCUCACUUGUAUAUACUGACAGAAUAAGAAUGCUUCAUCGCUCGGCGAUCGUCAUUUUCGGCAUAGUUGCAAUGGAGGUGUCAUCGAUCUUUUAUGUCAACUCGGCGUCGAUUAUUUAUCGAUACCUCUUCGCAUUCCAGGCGGCCCUCUUGGGUUUUUUAAUUUUAGCUAUGUACGUCAUGAGCGGGGAAGUACUGGUAGUCGCCCCUGUUCUUCACAAAUUCAAACGUCAAUCUGAAUCUGACGACGAAUGUGCCUCGGAGCAGACAAAAGACAGAGAGCUGGAGAAAGAACUGUCAUCGUCAUCAUCGGCGGCGCCAGUGGCAGGUACGCGCACAGUGUCAUGUGGCAUGUACCCGGAGGUGAGAGGCGUGGCAGUCGGAAUCGACGCGCGCGACUAUGUGAACGAGGCGGCAGCGGGCGCGUACGUGGCCGCAUCGAGAGCCUUGCUCCCGGAGAUUCACGUGCACCACGUCGACGACAUUAAUCUUGAGAAUUACCAGCAAGCCGCGAGACAGACGCAGCUAAGGUACGAACCGCAGUCGCCAGCGCCGCCGCCAGUCAGCUUCGCCAACCUCACCGAACACGCGGAGCCAUAUAAAGAACUGGUAAGCCUGACGAACCUGCAAGAGCCACGACGAGGUGAAUGCCCGACGGCAACGACAAUUUUAUGCGCUGACCAAAUAGAAGUGUGCUUGACGAUGCCGGACGUAACUCUAGCGGUUCAACAGCAGCCCCAGCAGCAGCAACAACAUCAGCAGCCAUUGGCCACAGUCGAGGCGGAGAGCUUAUUGCUGAAAAAGCCUGGAGUGUUGCUUGUGGCGCCCGACAUUGCCAAUACAAUGGAACGCAAGCAACCCGAUGGCGAAGAUGUUCUUAGGCAAUUGGAACUCGAAACCGAAGAUCCGAACGACGCCACUCUCAGCACUAGCGGCAUGCUCGAUCGCAUAUCACACGACCUCGACUACCUGCUCAACCGGACCAAAGAGGACAUCUGAGCCUCGUGCCUCUCGUUCUCUUUCAUUUGGAAUUUCCGUUCAGUGGAUUUUUUUGUUAGCCACACUAUGUACAUAGCUCUUACUCAUAUUAAAUCGUCAAAAGAUUCAUUUGUUAUAUAUACAUAUUCGUCAUACUUUCGUUCUUUUCCAUCGCGAUAUUCUUUAUUAAUCAAAAUUAAUCGCUUGCUUCGUAUACCAUGAAUACCUGAAAGUACCACGUCAAAUAAUAUAAAUUAUAUAAUUCCAAGAAUUUUAGGGUCUACUAUUUCAGUCACAGAAGCUUACUGUCCGGAGCGCUUUUAUUAUUUAAAUUUUUAUAGUUUUUAGAGAUGAAGCUUAGAAAGACUCAAUAGUCUUCUAAAUUAUUUUCAUAAUUUUUAUUAUAAAAAAAAAAGAUUGCAAUAUCAAUUGAAGUGCGCGUGCAAUGCAAUGAUUGCCAAAAAAACAGGGUACAAUUACAACGGAAUUAUUUACGUAGCUUACAAAAUAUAUUUUACAAUAUAUUACAUUUGAUUUUUAAUAAUUUGAACAUUAACAAAGAUUCUUUCAUUCUUAGUAUUUAUAUAAUUUUCAGGAUUUGAGAAAAGCUCGAGCUACUAGAAAUUAUCGAGGUUUGAGCUCUGUUUUUGUUCGAGCCUUAGAGUUCUAGGACCGUCUCAACCCUUCGACUUUCGUGUCAACUCGAGCUUUUCGAGCUAUUCUUGAUUUUUUGAAAUUAUUUCAUAUCGAAUUUUCAGUUAGCAAGAAAAGUAAAAUUAUUUGAAUAGUUUAAACAUUCCAAAAAGUAAGCAAGAUUUGAAAGUUCAAUAUAAAAUUAAGGACUGUAAAAUGUCUUUUAAACUCUCAAACUCAAGUAGCUAAACCAUUCGGAAGCUCCAGUCUUUAGUAUUGAGACAAUGCCAAAUUUUAGUUUGGAUUCGAAUGUCUCGGGUUAAACUGUUGUUAUUUGAAUUUGAUAGUUUUUAAUAUUGUUAAUAUGUAAGUAGUUAGAAAUAAUUGAAAAUGAUUAGAUUUUAUUUUGUCUAUUCCAAUUUCAUUACAACAUUAGAUGUAUAAAUGUUUACAACGAAAUUUUCUAAGAAAUGAAUAUGAAAUAAGUUACCAAUGAUCAUAAAAUUGUUUUAAUUGAGUCUUCUGUAUAUAUGAUAAAAGAGAUGUGGUAUUAAAACUAGAGUUUUUAAUUUAGUGGAAUUUUGCUCAUUGCAAAGUGUAUUCUACCUAAUUACUAAGAGAAAAUGUGUAUGAUCUUUAUAUUCAUAAUAGAUUAUUAUGAUAAAUAAUUUAUUAGCUCAACGCGGAAAUAAAUUCGAAAGAAAUCAACUAUGUUGAGGAUCAACCGGUAAUAAUCGUUAUAGAAAAAUUAAGGUAUAUUAUUUAAUAAAACCAAUUGUAAAUAUAUAAAAUAAAUUCACAGACAUUUGUUGGAUUGUUUUGUUUAUUAUUAAUAUGAGAAAGGUAAAUUUAAUAUAUCGACAUAGUCUACUACAACUCUCUAGAACAGCUCGAAAAGAGUUUCAUAUUUUUUCAUAAUUCUAAAAUUACAACGAUAUUGUAAAAAAUAUAGUAAGGAACACUAGGGUUCUUUUUAUUUAUUACAUUGACUUUUAUUUAAAUUGACAGUUUCAAUACGUUAAGUAAAAUUUAAUAUAUUUUUCAAAACUAUUGUAAUUUAUUUUAAAUGAACAAAGGAAGAUUUAUACAGUUUCUGUGUAUAUAAUAAUUAUGUAAAUAAUUGUCGGAUUCAUUUGGUACAGAUAUCAAUUCUGCAGGCUUAAGUUCUACACGAAUUAAAAAAUUCUGUUUAUUUAAUAUUAUGCUUUUGUUAUUUGAACAGGAAAUAUAAAAUAGUAUGCAUUAGAAAAGAAAGAAGAUAUUAUUGAAUAUGCAUACUUUCUGCAGAAAAUUCGUUUGAAAAUAGUGGUUUUAAAUUAUUUUAAUAAAAUAUUUCUACAGAAAUAAAUUAAUAUUUAGAAUAAUUAUUUGCUUAAGGUUCUGUACAUUAUUAGAAAAUUAUCUAGCGUACGAUUAUGUCGUGCAGAAUUUUGCUCUUAAUUUUUCUGUAGAACGAUAUAAUAUCAAAUAGUAUUUAAUUUUUUUUAGAAAAUGCUAUUUCUUUUGUGUUCAAUAAAAAAAUAUUACGUUAUAUAAAUGAAAUUAAAAAAUUUAUAUUGAUUCUAAUUACGUAGAAUCGAUAUUUGUAUGAAACAAAUCCUGCAUAAAUGAUAAAUACAAAUACAAAUAAUCAUCGAUUAUCGUCAGAAUUACUUCUAAUAAUCAUAUCUCAGAUCCCAAAAAGAGAACAACUCACCAACAAGUCUGAUUUGUUACGGAAAAUGAUAAAUAUCUUUUACUAUGUUUUUUGUUCUUUUGGACACAAACACUUUGCUGCUACUGAAGCCAUGGGAAUUCAGAACAUUAAAUCAAAUAAAAUUAUUGGAAUAGCAUGUGAAGACGAAAAAUUAAUGUAUAUGAACAAUUGACGUAUCUGAAAAUGUAAAUGUAACAUUGAUUCAAAGGAGAACAAAUUAAGAGUCACGUAACUUCGCUACUCUUUAUUUCUACAUUUAUUGAGAUUAAAAUACCAUUUUUCGUCUAUACUGUAUCACUUGAAUGUCAUGUUUUAAAAUAGUAUUUCACACAAAAUAUGAUAACUAUGUACAAAAAUAUACUAUAUAACAUUGGUCUGAUACAGCACAUGUCCGUUUUACGUAAAAAAGUGACGAGAUCAAAAACAUUGAACAACUUUCUUCGUUGUCUAAUCGUUGGGGCAACACUUAUCUCCAUGUAUAAAAAAAAGAGGUUUUUAUAUAAAUUUUGUAAUUACUUGGUUGUGCAGCAUCCAAGGCUCUACUGUCUAAA